GACGCGGACGCGUGUCAGCCGCCGCUUGAUAAGGGUCGUUCUGACCACCUGUCGUUUGAUGGCCGCUUAGCUGGCGGGCCGGACGCGGAGCGAUCCUAAAGAGUCUCCGUGAGGAAAACCUUCAAUCUUUCUUUUCGCCAGAGGAAUUACCAGUUGGAGAGGAAAUCCAGAUUGCCGUGAAGAAGAGCUAGAUAACAAUAGUGGUUCAUAGCAUAUAGCAGAAUUUAAAAUGUCUCCUGUGGAGUCUUCUCGUGAGGAUAAUGUUUACUUGGCCAAGCUCUCUGAGCAAGCUGAGAGGUAUGAAGAGAUGGUUGAAUUUAUGGAGAAGGUAGUAAAAACAGUUGAUGUGGAAGAGCUAACUGUGGAAGAACGUAAUCUUCUAUCUGUUGCAUAUAAGAAUGUGAUUGGUGCUCGCCGUGCCUCAUGGAGGAUCAUCUCUUCCAUUGAGCAGAAAGAAGAGAGUCGUGGGAAUGAGGAUCAUGUGGCUUUGAUCAAGGAGUAUCGUGGCAAGAUUGAGGAUGAGCUUAGCAAGAUCUGUGAUGGGAUCUUAAAGCUGCUUGACUCCCAUCUCAUUCCUUCUGCUACGGCAGCUGAAUCAAAGGUUUUCUAUCUCAAGAUGAAGGGAGAUUACCACAGGUAUCUAGCUGAGUUUAAGACCGGAGCAGAGAGGAAGGAUGCUGCUGAGAAUACACUUUUAGCCUAUAAAUCGGCUCAGGACAUUGCAUUGUCCGAUCUAGCCCCAACUCAUCCCAUACGACUGGGGUUGGCCUUGAACUUCUCAGUUUUCUAUUAUGAAAUAUUGAACUCUCCAGAUCGUGCUUGCAAUCUUGCAAAGCAGGCCUUUGAUGAGGCUAUCUCGGAGCUGGACACUUUGGGUGAGGAGUCCUACAAGGACAGCACAUUGAUCAUGCAGCUCCUCAGAGACAACUUGACAUUGUGGACCUCUGAUAUAAAUGAGGAUGCGGGGGAGGAAAUCAAAGAUGCUCCAAAACGCGAAUCUGGAGAGCCCUAGUUAUGAUGCGAGUUUUAGGCUUCGUUUGGGAUAACUUUUUUAUUGCUUCUUAAAGCAGCUUUUUAGUACAUAAAUUUUAAUUUUUUAUUAAAAAGCUGCUUUAAGAACCGAUAAGAAAGCUGUCCCAACCGAAGCCUUAGUCCAUGUUCUUCCUUAAAAUUGUGGUAUUGCUAAUGUAGAAUAUGUAAUGAUUGCUUCUAAAAUCAAAUAGAUUUCAUU